AUGUGUGCUUGUAAAAACCAAUUUAUCUUGCUAUCAUGGCUGAUGAUAGUAGGAUGGAUACAGCUCAGUUAUAGCCACGCGCUGUACGCUUACACCACUGAACGAACAAUCCAAGUCGGCGCCCAAGAUCCCGUCACAGGAAAGAUUCACUAUAGCAACUGCAACAGCAAAGAUACACCUAUUUUCCCACUUGACAAACCUAAUAUCCUGGACGCAAAAGAGACACCGCGAAAUGGUACUGCACUGGCAGCACAGGGCUGGUGGGACUUUGGCCAGGAAACCAUCAUUGCAUCUAUCUUCUGGCAGACUAAAGAUGAUGCCAUCGUCAACGGAUACUAUACUUGCAACAUGAAGACAGGAAAACUCGUUCGCAAUGGAGAGUAUCGUAUUUCAGAAACUGCAGAGGUCGGCUCUAUUCACAACAAAUCAGGUCUUGCCGUCGACCUUCUAGGAGCCGACAACGGAUACCGUAUCUUUUAUCACAACGAACACAGGAACGUCAUGAUGUUGCAUUAUACGCAGUACACUGACUGGACAGAUGGUGGAUUUGUGUCGCAGGAUAAUGCAACAGGAAUGGCGCUUGGAUCUGCUCACAUUGACAAGGAGAAUAUCACAGUCGCUUUCCCUAAAGAUUCCGAAGAUAUCGAGAUAUCUCGCUUGGAGAAGGCUGGGCAGUGGAGAUUAGACUCCUUCCCGACAAAGCUGGGAGGCACAUUCACCAAUGACUCUACAAUCAUCACCGCCGUCAGCCCCCAAACAAGCCCGAUAUUUUCUCUGCCGGCUUGGAACGCUUCUCUCGAAGCCAUAGGCUCAGCGAUAGACCGAUCCCGAAAGCGAAGCAUCUUUUAUAUUGGCAACGAUAGGAAACUCCACGAGGUAGAAGCAAAGAAAGACACAUGGGAGAUAGCAUCCAACCAGUCUAGUAAAGCUUGGCCUGUCGCUGAUGACCCCAACUCUGGUUUGGCGGUAGCUUACAACCAACCUGACGGUAAAGUGUGGGUAUACUACUGGUCCAACGAGACAGUUGUACAGACAUACAGGAACUACGACGGAGACUGGGAAGAUGCAAAAGCCUUGCCUCAGGAAGAACCGCGUGAAACUGAAGCCAGCAAGCCGGCGGAGGAUAGUACUUCUAGUUCCUCAGGCUUAAGCACAGGAGCAAAAGCGGGAAUAGGUGUUGGAGUUGGUGUCGGUGCUUUUCUUGUCGGUGUCAUAGCUUGGCUCUGGAUGAAGCGGCGCAACAAGAAGAAGGCUUCUGGCUCCGAAAUGGGAGCUAGUCCCACAGAUUCAAACUUUACAGAAGUCAAGAAGGACGAUAAGACUGUGGACCCGUCAGAGAUGGAUGGUCAUGGGCGGCCUGCUGAGUUGUACAACCACCCUCCAGUUUAUGAGCUGCAAGGUCAGCAUGUGAGAGAGUAA